AUGACGGUCCUGAAAGGCUGUAAGAAGCUGGCCAUGUCAGUGUGUUCAGUGGGCCGGAUCCCCGGGGGGUAUGUCACCAACAACAUUUAUGCCUGGGUGGAUCCUCAUGGCCGCAGUGUGUCCCCUCCCUCCGACCUGGAGCAGCAAAGCACCCUGGGACCACAACACAGCCAGAGACGUACAGGACACACGCAGGAGAAGACAGUAAACCUGAACCUGGACGACGGUCUCUCUCUGGGCCUGAUGAUCAGAGGAGGGGCGGAGUAUGGCCUGGGUAUCUACAUCACUGGGGUAGACCCCGGCUCAGCUGCAGACCACGGGGCACUCAAGGUGGGCGACCAGCUGCUGGAGGUGAAUGGGCGGAGCUUCGUGGCCAUCCCCCAUGACGAGGCGGUGAGGAUCCUGAAGACGAGUUGUCACCUGCUGGUGAGGGUGAGGGACGUUGGCCGCGUGCCCCAUGCCCGCACCGUGGUGGACCAGACCAAAUGGAUCAGCAGCCCCAUCCCCCCUAGCCCGCCGCCCAUAACAGAGAGCACCGCCAGCCCAGCCGCUACACGAGAGCACCGCCAGCCCAGCCGCUACACGUCUGUGUGUCAAGGUGUGGGGCCCCCGGGUUUCCAAGUGUCUCUGGAGGAGCAGGCCUUCCUGCUGCUGACAGACCCAGAGAGACAGACCAUGGGUUACUACCUGCGGGAGUACCAGGAGGGACACAUCGGCCUGGAGCCACUGACCAUGGCCCUGUUUGAGCUCUUCAACACCCAUGCCAAGUUGUCCCUGCUAUCUGAGGUGCGUAGUCAGGUGGCUCCCCAGGAACUGGAGCUGUAUGAUGGCCUGGUGCUGCACCGCGAGAGGGAGGCUCUGAAGGCCUGGCACGGAGGAAUAGGAUCCCUACACCCUGCGCACCCAUACAGCCGCUGUCUACACACUGAGCCCUCAGCCAGCCACAGCCACUCCAACCCAGCCACUCUCUGCUCUGCCAAGCAGGAGUGCUCACAUGGUGACAUUGUACAGCAAGAUCCAGGGGCAACCACUAAUGUCCUACCUGACGUUACAUUGAAUGAAGUGCAGUCUACAGCUGAGUCUCCUCCAUUCUUCAAGCCUCCUCAUCCCCCUGGACCUGGACAGACCCAGCCCAGACAUCCAAGGGACAGGGAGAGGGAGCAGUCCAAGAACCUCUUAUCCAGACACUCCCAAUCUGGCCUGGUCUUUACUGCCCCUACCAGGCUGCACCAGGAAUGUCACCACAAACACCUUAAAGCCUUCCAAAGCUUCUCCAACCACCAAACUUCCACCUCCCCUAGCUCUGACGUCCAUCACACCUGUCCCAACCCUGGGCAUCAUAAUAGCUCCAAUCCUGGCCAUCAUAACAGCUCCAAACCUGGCCAUCAUAACAGCUCCAACCCUGGCCAUCAUACCACCCCCAACCCUGGCCAUCAUACCACCCCCAACCCUGGCACUGGCCAUAGUGUCUAUCCAAGCUCUGGCAAUGACACAUCCAUGAACUCUCUUCACCACACCUGCCAAAACUCCCUCCACAUCUCCACAACUACCUCCUCCGACCACCACACCCACCAAACACACCACGGCUGCUCCAGCUCCGGCCACCAUUCCUGCCCUGGCUCCCUUCAUCCCAAGCCCUCUGGUCCUCAGAACAAGGACAAAUUCAUCAAGCUUCCCAUCUUCAGAUCCUGCUCCCAUGAGAAGCCUGCUACCUCCCCUGGCACCACAUUGUCCCAGCUGUCAGACAGUGGUCAGACUCUGAGUGAGGACAGUGGGGUGGACAUUGCUGAGGCACGAGGGCUCAGUAAAGACAGCAGUCCUUGGCCAACUAAGAACCAGGCCAGCCAGGCCACACAAGGGCCGCAGGGGGCCCAGGGGUCUGCAGUACUGGCAUCCAAACAGCAGCCUGGCUCUCCAGUGCCCAUACUUACUCUGGUACGUGUGGUAAAGAAUGCCAACACUCUGGGCAUCGCUAUAGAGGGAGGGGCAAACACACGGCAGCCACUGCCACGGAUCGUCACCAUACAGAAGGGGGGCUCGGCACACAGUUGUGGGCAGCUGAAGGUGGGACAGGUGAUUCUGGAGGUGAAUGGGGUCUCCCUGAGGGGUAGAGAGCACCGGGACGCUGCUCGCAUCAUCGCUGAGGCCUUCAAGACUAAAGAGAAGGACCACAUUGACUUCCUGGUUACCGAGUUUAACACAGCCCUACUGCAAGGCCUUUAG